AUGCGUUUUUUGAGGCUUCAGCUCGUAGAACUUCAGAAAUACCCAUUUGGCUGCGUGAAAUCGACGCACCUGGAGCGAACACCGCUCCCACUAGAGACCAUUGCACACACUUGGACUGGUCGCACUGGUCAACGGGGGCUUCUCAACAUGGGUCAGACGCAAAGCUAUGAGGAUGAGUCUCCUGUGAGUGGAAUCCCUGAGGAUGAGUAUGCCUCAUUGAGCACAGAGGAGUUGCAGGCAUUGGCCGAACAGCGUGGUUUGCCAGUUCUGGGUGCAUCCCCUGACAGAUCCUUGCUGCAGUCCCUACUACGGAGCUACGACAUCGGUCGAAGAGCCGGUGGCGGAGAUUGUUCGCGCAGUGUUGGGAGUCAUGAAAGCGAUCCCUCUGGCCGGACUUCGAGCAAGCAAGUUUGUUCAUCUGUGCUUUCGGUGCUGCAGAAGAUUCGUGAUGCUCCCGGACACAUGGGCUGUGACAUCGGUGGAUCAUUGGCCAAGAUGGUCAUGGCUUUUCCAGAGGGAGAGGAUGUGGUGGCUUUCCCCGAGAAGUUUGGAACUUCAGGACGUUGCCAUCGACACCUGCAAAUGAAGCUGACUAUGGCGGAUCAGAGCUACUUGUUGACUUUCCUAUCCGGUGCCACCGCGCAACUCGAGGAAGCAGUGGAGCAUUUGGGUGACUGCCGACGCCAAGCUUCUGAGAGCACAGCCGGCUAUGCCUCACAUAUCCGAAGAGAGCCGACCUCACCGGGCGCAGCAUCCAACAGCAGCGAAGAUGCCAGGCCCUUCGCUCGAACCUUUUCCAGCUGGUCGGAUGAAGUUUUCUCUUGCUCAAGGAAAGCACACCGUCGUAUGGCCACCGCCGGGGGUGGCGCUUGCAAGUUUGCAUCCCUUUUCCGUGACGCCUUGAGAGUCGAGCUGGAACCGGUGCGUGAGAUGAGAGCAUUGGUGGAUGGCUUCCUCUUGCUGGCACCUUGCAACUCCAUGGGCACUGACAGCACCGGCGGUAGCAGCGAGCUUCUGAACCAAGACGUUUUCACCAUCAACGAGGAUGACAUGACAGUGUCAAAACCAUGGCCAGACCCACUUUUUCCACUUAUUCUGGUCAUCAUGGGCACAGGCGUCUCCGUCUUGCGCGUGGAUUCUGCACAGCCGGGCGACUUCGUGCGAGUCGGUGGAACUGCUUGUGGCGGAGGAACCUUCCUGGGCUUGGCCCGGCUGCUGACCUCAGCCACCAGCUUUGAAGAAGCCUUGGAGAUGGCGAGCUUGGGUGACGCUUGCAAUGCGGACAAGCUGGUGAGUGACAUUUACGGCGACGAAGGCUGUUCAACCCUGGGACUGCCCGGAAAUCUCACAGCCUCCAAUUUCGGCAAGUUGGGCGAGAGCACAGACAGGUGCUGCGAGAAGGAUCUGGCACGUUCUUUGUUGCAAAUGGUAACUCAGCAAUCGGUGCUUUUGGCUUCUGCCUAUGCUCGCAUGGCAGGAUGCAUCAACAGGGUUUUCUUUGCUGGUGGCUUUGUUGACGAGAAGAACGUCAUUGCUCGAAGGUCCAUUGCAGCCAACUUUCGGAACCUUGGAGGCUGCGCCUAUUUCUUGCGCCACUCUGAUUUCCUGGGAGCUUUGGGGAGCUUACAAGGUGCCCUGCGAUGUGCAGGUGAUGCAACGCCCAAGUGACGUGGCUUGGGGCAUCAUAAUCCAGGGUCCUCUUUUGAUGAAGGCUUGCACCUUCAAAACUCACCGAGACUCACCGUUCAUACAUUUUGAGUUUGGGAACUUGUG